CGAGCACGAGGCCGGGCGCGAGCCUUGCCCACCUUGGUCGACCCCAAAGAUGAGCGUGCCUGGGGGGUGGGGGGGGUGGACAGAGGCAGGGCGGGGCGCACGCCCCGAAGUGGGCAAAGGAGACCCAGGCCCCGGUCGACGGUCACCCUGGCAAAAGCGAGACUUAGGAAGGGGCUGCUUUCUGCCCCCCUCCUCCCACUUCGUCCCGAUGAAAGAAUCUUACCCCUUCCAGACCCAAAUAACACUCUCCUGGACACUUUCCCUCUUUGACAGAAGGGGCGAUCACUAGAGGUAGUUUGAACGGUGGCCCCAUCCUCUCUGAUUUCUGGCCAGGUCGGUUGUCAUGGUAACCCUUCUCAAGCCUGGAGCCCCCAGUUUCCCCACCCUUCCACCUUUGUGGUUAUGAAGCUCCAAACCUCUCUGGAAUCCACACCAGGCGAAGGUUGCUAAGCAGUGCAACUGAGCUGGGCUGGAACUGCCCUCCUGGAACUCCCCGAGCCUGCAACCUAGGAGGAUGCCUCGGAGGCCCAGCUAGGGCCUGACCCGGGCCCCAUGCGGCUCACCCGCUGCCAGGCUGCCCUGGCAGCCGCCAUCACACUCAACCUGCUGGUCCUCUUCUAUGUCUCAUGGCUGCAGCACCAGCCCCGGCACGCCCGCGCCCGGGCCCCUCGCCGUUCAUCUGCCGCUGGGCCCCGUGUCACCAUCCUAGUGCGGGAGUUCGAGGCUUUUGACAACGCUGUGCCCGAACUAGUGGACUCCUUCCUGCAGCAGGACCCAGCCCAGCCCGUGGUGGUGGUGGCCGACGCGCUCCCCUACCCGCCGCUGGCCCUGCCCCGCAUCCCCAAUGUUCGCCUGGCGCUGCUGCAGCCCGCCCUGGACCGGCCCGCUGCAGCCUCACGCCCGGAGACCUACGUGGCCACCGAGUUCGUGGCCCUGGUGCCUGAUGGGGCGCGGGCCGAGGCACCGGGCCAGCUGGACCGCAUGGUGGAGGCGCUGCGAGCGGGAAGCGCACGCCUGGUGGCCGCGCCGGUGGCCACAGCCAACCCAGCCAGGUGCCUGGCCCUGAACGUCAGCGUGCGAGAGUGGACCGCCCGCUAUGGUCAGGUACCCACCGCGUCCCGCUGCGACGCCCUGGACGGGGACGCCGUGGUGCUCCUGCGCGCACGCGACCUCUUCAACCUCUCGGCGCCGCUGGCCCGGCCGGUGGGCGCCGGCCUGUUCCUGCAGACGGCCCUUCGCGGCUGGGCGGUGCAGCUGCUGGACCUGCCCUUCGCCGCGGCGCGCCAGCCCCCGCUCGCCACGGCGCACGCGCGCUGGAAGGCGGAGCGCGAGGGGCGCACUCGGCGCGCGGCGCUGCUCCACGCGCUGGGCAUCCGCCUGGUGAGCUGGGAGGGCGGGCGGCUCGAGUGGUUCGGCUGCAGCAAGGAGACCACGCGCUGCUUCGGCACAGUGGUGGGCGACACCCCGGCCUACCUGUACGAAGGGCGUUGGACGCCGCCCUGCUGCCUGCGCGCGCUGCGCGAGACCGCCCGUUACGUGGUGGGGGUGCUGGAGGCGGCGGGGGUGCGCUACUGGCUGGAGGGCGGCUCGCUGCUGGGGGCGGCCCGCCACGGGGACAUCAUCCCGUGGGACUACGACGUGGACCUGGGCAUCUACUUGGAGGACGUGGGCAACUGCGAGCAGCUGCGGGGAGCAGAGGCCGGCUCGGUGGUGGACGAGCGCGGCUUCGUGUGGGAGAAGGCCGUGGAGGGGGACUUCUUCCGCGUGCAGUACAGCGAGAGCAACCACCUGCAUGUGGACCUGUGGCCCUUCUACCCCCGCAACGGGGUCAUGACCAAGGACACGUGGCUAGACCACCGGCAAGACGUGGAGUUCCCGGAGCACUUCCUGCAGCCCCUGGUGCCUCUGCCCUUCGCCGGCUUCGUGGCGCAGGCGCCUAACAACUACCGUCGCUUCCUGGAGCUCAAGUUUGGCCCUGGGGUCAUCGAGAACCCAGAGUACCCCAACCCGGCACUCCUGAGUUUGACGGGAAGCGGCUGAAGUCCUGCUGCCCUCGCCUGGGGCCCAGGGGACAGUCCUGUGUUUGGGGGAGUCUGGAUGUGGAGCAGCUUGGUGUGGGCGAUCGGGGCUGAGGGGGAUGUGCUGCGGAGGGUUGGGAGAGUCAGCGAGAAAGGAAGAAAUUAGAGGAGGCGCACGACGGAAGCUUGGCUUGGGCAGGAGGGAAGCUGGCCAAAGAUGGUGGGAAGCGACACCCAGAGCGUCUCCAGCCCCGCCCGCCGUGAGCGACGGAUGUGUGCACGCGUCCUGGUAAUUGAAGGAGCCAGCGAUCCAGGCCGCCCUGCAAGGCCCAGCAUAGUCCCAGGCCACACAGGACCCUGCCCAAGAUUCCAAGUGCCCUGCGCUCUGGAGCUAGGGCAGAGUUUUGGAAAGCAAAGAGUGUAGGCUCCGGGGCCAGACUGGCGAGAUUGAAACCCCAGCUCUACCCCUUACUAGUUAGGUGGGCCUGGGGUUGGUGUCCCAGUUCUCUGUGCUCACCUGGUGGCCUCCGGGCACCGAAUGAGCCCCCGGGACCUUUGCCUGCUGGGAUCCCUUGCGCCACUAGAGGGCGCGUCUGCGCCAUCGCGUCUUUUGAGUCUUUGGACUUCAGUCCCCUGUGGGAGGCGGCACCGCGAUGACUAUCUCCUCUUCUUCCGGAAGGCGACCUCCUUCCCUCCUGGGAGAGCUCUGUGAGGUGCGUGCUGCUCUUAACUCACCUUGCAGAGAAAACCGGCUCAACUCUGAGGUGCGAUCUGGUCACAAACAGGUGGUGGAUCCGGGCUCCACCCCUUGUUAUUACCUCAUUCUUUCAGCUCUGCACCUGCUUCCCGGCUUGCCCGGCAGAGACGGCUGCUAGCAUUCCCAUUUUACAGAUGAGAAAACUGAGGCCAGAAUGGUAAAGUCACUCGCCCAAAGUCAGACGGCUUAGGAAGUGGCAGACUGGGGACUUGAACCCAGGCGGUCAGGCUCCAGAGCCCACACUGGACUUACCCACUGUGCCCGUCUCUAGCGAUGGCGCCCAGGACGGCGUCUGGGGAGGCCGUGCUACUUAGCAGGUGGAAGCAUUGGCAGCCUGCGUUUUUUGAUCAUGCACCUGAGUAAAUAGUAUUAGGGUAUGUGCUCCCAAUAUGUGUAUAUUUAUUUAUAAAUUGUGUACGGGUAUUGCUGUCCGUCUGUAUAUCAGUAAUAACACUUAAAUUAUUCCAUCUUAAAUAGUAAA